CUAACAGCGACCGAGGUCCACUCAACACCGAACCACCGCAUGGAGAGCUUAUCACCAUACCAUGGCUCCUCGUGCGGGGUUUGACACGGAGCAGCUCAGAGAUAGGGCGCGCAGAGAUCUACUUCAUCUCCUCGAGGGAGUUCGCGGCAAGAAGAACCUCGUUAUUGAGAAGGAGCUGGCCGGUCCACUUGGUGUUGUGGUCAAGGCGUCAACGUUGCGCGAUUAUGGCGUUGACAAUUUUUUCUUCCUCGAGAACAAGAACGUAGACACGAGCCAGCGGAAUGUUGUUUUCGUUGCUCGGGGCGAGUCUGCUCGCCAUGCUCAUACUAUCGCGGACCAGAUAAUACGACUGCAACGCGAGAGCCAGUCAGCUCACGAGUUCCACAUCUUCUGGGUGCCUCGCCGGACGUUGCUAUCGGACAAAGUGCUCGAGGAAGCCGGGGUCCUGGGUGACACCAAUGUCGCCGAGCUUCCUCUGUUCUUCUUCCCGCUGGAGAAAGAUGUUUUGUCUCUGGAACUGAACGAUUCCUUCCGAGACCUGUAUCUUGCGAAGGACCCCACUCCGGUCUUCUUGCUCGCCCGCGCGUUGAUGGGCAUCCAGCAGAAGCACGGUCUGUUUCCACGCAUCGUUGGUAAAGGCGACAAUGCGAAGCGGGUUGCCGACCUCCUGUCUCGCAUGCGGCAGGAGCUGCUCGCAAGCGAAGAUGGAGGCGAAUUCGAGAAGACCGGGCUGAGUCCCAGCAUUACCAUCGAAAACGUCAUUAUCAUCGACCGUGAGGUCGAUUUUGUGACGCCUCUCCUGACGCAGCUGACGUACGAGGGGCUUAUAGAUGAGGUGUUUGGGAUCCAAAACAACCAGACCGAUGUCGACUCAACCAUCGUCGGUGCGGCGGCACAGCCGGCGGCGUCAGGCGCUUCCUCAGCUGCCCCGGCCAACAAUGGGCAGUCACGGAAACGCAAGAUCCAACUCGAUGGGUCAGAUACAUUAUUUGCGCAGCUUCGCGACGCAAACUUUACCAUUGUUGGUGGUCUUCUCCAUAAAAUAGCCCGCCGGCUUCAGAGCGACUACGAGAGUAGGCACAGCUCCAAGACGACGGCGGAGCUCAAGGAGUUUGUAAAAAAGCUCCCGGGAUACCAAGCCGAACAGCAGAGCCUGAAAAUACAUACCGGCAUGACGGAAGAAAUCAUUAAAUACACACGGACGGAGCAGUUCAACAAGCUGCUGGAAGUCCAGCAAAAUCUCGCGGCCGGGGCAGACCCAUCGUCGCAGUUUGACGCCAUUGAAGAGCUCAUAGCCCGCGAUACCCCGUUACCCCAAGUGCUCAGGUUACUGUGCAUCUACUCGUGCAUUGCCGGCGGCAUUAAAGCCAAAGAGCUGGACCACUUCCGGCGCCUUAUUCUGCAGGGGUAUGGAUACCAACACCUACUCACUCUGCACAACCUGGAACGGCUGCAGAUGUUACUGUCCAGGACGUCGCCCUUGGCCUCGAUGAUACCUAUGACCGGUUCUGUGGGGGCUCAGGGAACCAAGACAAAUUACACCUACCUUCGGAAACAGCUCCGGCUCAUCGUGGAUGAAGUCAACGAGCAGGAUCCCAACGAUAUCGCCUAUGUUUACAGCGGCUACGCACCCCUGUCGAUCCGGCUUGUGCAGUGUGUGCUGCAAAAGCAGUAUCUGCUGUCGAUCACAAGAGGCAGCGGGGCGACCAACGCGCCUGGCCCGGCCGGCGGGGGAGCCCAGGGCUGGCGGGGGUUCGAUGAUGCGGUGAAGCACGCGCGAGGCCAGACGUUUGAUGAAAUUCAAAAGGGCGAGGACAAGGCAGUCAAGGCUCGAGCUCUUUUGUCGGCCAGCGGCGACAAGAAGACCGUCUUUGUUGUGUUCGUGGGCGGCGUUAGCUUCAGUGAGAUUGCGGCUCUGCGGUUCUUAGCGAAGCAGGAGGAAGUGGUUCGCCGUGCAUACCGAUAUAAUGGGAAACUCUUCGAGGGCCCGCACUCGACAAUCCAGUGGUUCAGGACGAGUCCCGCCAAGUCGCUAUCGUCGCCGACCAGCAUUCUGUCUGAAACCGAGGCGGCCCUGAAGACAACCCGGCACGAUCCCACCGCCUCCUCGGAUGAAAUAGCCCCUGAAAUUAUCGUGUGGACCGAAGAUCUGGUCACGAUGACGUCCGAUUCUCCGGAGCCGACCGCCCCCGCUAGCCCUGCCAUCCCCACCAUCGCAGCUCGCGAGGAGGAAAAGGCCAUAACAAACGUGCACCUUCCUCCUCUCACGCAACCGACGCCAACGCUAUCGACACCGCUGCAGGACACGAUCCGGGCAAAUGAAGGACCAUCUUCGUCCUCCUCGCUUUCCCCCCUAUCAGAAGCAUCCGAGCUCUCAUCCCUGCAGUCCGUCUCUAGCAAAGCUACUACUCCUGUGGAUGUCGAUACAUCAAAAGAAGGGCCGACUCCUACAGCCACCCGUCCCAGCAAGCCGACUGAUUCACCGAGGCGGAAAUGGGACGUGCGACCCAAAGCUUCUAUUCCUCACGACUUGCCGCCUGCCGAGUAUGGGCUUCAGUGUGUCGCGGCCGCGGAGGCGUCAAGGCUCAGCCCUUACUCGCUUCAUCAAGAAGAGUACCUGAUGUUUCGGGAUCACAUCAGCCACGCCCAGGUGACAACAUAUCUAAACAUCAGGAAUGGCAUCCUGAGGCUUUGGGUCAGAAACCCCCGGAUCACGGUCACGCGUGAGGAGGCAGUUGGUUGUGCGAAGGAUCCCAGAUGGUUCGACCUCGCGAGCGUAUGCUUUGACUGGCUUGUCCGGCGUGGUUACAUCAACUUCGGAUGUGUUGAGGUGCGCUCACCUGGCAAAAGCACCAGCAACAGUUCUCCAAGGAGGAAGCGGAGAACUGUGGUUGUCGUCGGCGCGGGGAUGGCCGGUCUCGGUUGUGCAAGACAGCUUGAGGGCCUUUUUGCGCAGUACGCGAAGAAGUUUCACCGCUUGGGCGAAGAACCGCCCCGGGUGGUCGUCCUCGAAGGCAGGAAUCGGAUAGGCGGCAGGGUCUACUCUCGAGCCUUCCAUACAAGGCCCAAAAGGAUCCCCGACCAGUUUCAGGGCAAACGGUUCACCGCGGAAAUGGGAGGUAUGAUCAUCACGGGGUUUGAAAGGGGCAACCCCAUGAACAUCCUCGUCCGCGGCCAGUUAGGUCUUGCCUACCACCUGCUAAGACCGGAAACGACGCUUCACGAUGCCAACGGCAAGCCGGUCGAUGUCCACCGGGACCAACUGGUGGAGAAACUCCACAAUGACUGCCUUGACCGAGUCAGCGAGUUCAAGUUUAAGCAGCCCACGUGGAAACUGAUCGAGGGCAACAAAGAGUUGAUCGACGAGUGCAGGGAUACUAGUAGUUCUGCAGAGACGCACAAGACAAUACGACAGGCUGAAGAAUCCGCCGCAGCCCAACCGUCUGCACUGCCCGUAUCGCAGCAGAACAUCGGGCCGCAAGUGAACCUGGUGCCGAUCUCAACCGACCGAGCUACGGGUAAGAUCCAUACUGAACCGGGAACGCCAGGGGCUCUAAAAGCGGCACACAAGCUUAAGCUCAUGGGGUGGACGCUGAAGCAGGGUGUUAGCGAUGAAGCAGACCUGGAUAUCGAGCCGGCGACCAAAGAGCCGGGCGCUACGUUCGGGAGCGUCAUGGACAGGGCAAUUGCGCAGUACCGGGACCUCGUGGACCUGACCGCGCAGGAUUUCCGACUCAUGAACUGGCACGUCGCCAAUCUGGAGUAUAGCAAUGCUACGAACUACCACCAGCUCAGCCUUCAAGGAUGGGACAUCGACGCGGGCAACGAGUGGGAAGGCAGCCACUCAAUGGUAGUCGGGGGCUACCAGAGCGUCCCGAGAGGGCUCAUGCACCUUCCCACGCCGUUGGAUGUCCGGCAGCAGUCUCCCGUCAACAAGAUCACCUACGCGUCUGGCGGCUCGACGGGCCCGGCGGUAGUAAGCUGCGAGGAUGGCUCCAAGAUCGAGGCCGACUACGUGGUUAGCACGAUACCACUGGGUGUGCUGAAGCACGGGAACGUGGCAUUCGAACCGCCACUGCCGCCGUGGAAGUCGGAUGUCAUCGACCGUCUCGGCUUCGGCGUCCUGAACAAAGUGAUCUUGGUGUACAAGGAGCCCUUCUGGGACGAGGACCGCGACAUCUUCGGGGUGCUGAGGAACCCCAAGAACCGUAACAGCGUUGACCAGAAGGAUUACGCCUCCCAGCGGGGUCGCUUCUUCCAGUGGUUCAACGUCACAAACACCAGCGGCUUGCCCGUGCUCAUCGCCCUCAUGGCUGGGGAUGCUGGGUUCGACACGGAGCAGACCUGCAACGACGACCUGGUUACCGAAGCCACCGAAGUCCUCCGCAGCGUCUAUGGCUCUCGAGUGCCCUUCCCCGUCGAGGCCGUGGUCACGCGCUGGGCAUCGGACAAGUUCGCCCGCGGCAGUUACUCGUCCGCAGGCCCGGACAUGAAGGCUGACGACUACGACACCAUGGCGCGCCCCACUGGGAACCUCUUCUUUGCUGGCGAGCACACCAGCGGCACUCACCCCGCCACCGUCCAUGGCGCCUACCUCUCUGGCUUGCGCGCCGCCUCCGAAGUCCUCGAUGCGAUGCUCGGGCCCAUUUCCGUCCCGAGUCCGCUCAUCGUCCCAAAAGGAUCCUCCGCCCUGAAGCGUAAAGCCAGCUCUCUCGAGGAAUCCAAUAAGAACCCAAAGCAAGCCCGCCUCGAAGCCUAUGAGACCGCACUCUGGGACCACAUAGUCUCACAAAUCGGCCCUCGCCCUACCCCGCCUGCGAAGCCGGCCAUAAACGCUUACCUCCUGUACAGCAAGUCGCACUACGAGGACGCGCGCAGGCGCCUCGAGGCCGGCCGCCGGCCUGGUAAGGGCAAGCCGUCGGGCAACGAGGUGCGCAUGAUGAUCACCAAGAUGUGGCGCGACGCGAGCGAGGACGAGAAGAAGCCGCACGUGGAGGUGGCCGAAGAGCAGAAGCGGGCGCAUGCGAAUGCUGUGAGCGAGUACAAGGCGGCCGCGGAGGAGUGGGAUCGGAAAGCGGGCGGCUUGAAGGAGGAGUACGAGAAAGAGCAUCCUCCUCCCCGCGAAACGACGGAUACCACACCGACGCCGCAACGUUUUGAUGCAAGCCAAACAAACAACGGGUCGGCUUCUGCUGCGGCUAGGAGGAGGACCAGGGUCAAGGUGGAGAGCUAUGCCGAGGCUGAUAGUGAGGUCGAAGACCCGAUGGACGGCGUUGAAGAGACCGAUGCUUAG